UAUUCAGCAACAGGCUUCGAUCUCAUUGGUGCUUUGAUGAAAGUUGCAACUCGUCCAAAUCCCAAGAUUGAAAUUGGUCCGGUAGACUUGUCGUGCUCAUUCACAGUCUCUGAUGCACAACAUCCCGAUCAACCGAUUGUGCAUUGCAGUGAUACUUUCUGUCAUUUGACUGGAUACGACCGCAGUGAAGUUAUCGGUCGCAAUUGCCGUUUCUUGCAAUCACCUGAUGGAAAUGUAAAUCAAGGCACUGAACGUACACACACUGACAAUGGCGCCGUUCGUCAUAUCAAGAAGCACCUCACACGUUUGCAGGAAUGUCAAACAAGUUUGAUCAAUUAUCGCCGUGACGGAUCUCCGUUUAUCAAUUUGGUAACUAUUGUUCCAAUCACAUGGGGCGAUAGUCAAGAGCCAGUCUUCCUUGUUGGAUUCCAAGUCGAUCUUGUCGAACAUCCGAGUGCUGUGAUGGAACGUAAGCCCAACGGUUUAUAUGUCGUCAACUACAGCUCACCCAAUAUGAUGCCAUCAGUGCAUAUGCUGAAUCAAGCACAACCUUCAGGACCGAAUGCAGCAGAGACCGAAGCCAAUCGAAAGGCAAUGCUUGCCCAAGAAUUGGCAGAAAUAAUGACCAGUGGCAAUGAAGAAUCCUCAAAGUGGGCAAGAAUUCUUUUGGAGAACAGUCAUGACAUCGUGCAUGUUCUGUCAUUGAAAGGAACAUUCUUGUACGUUUCACCAUCCGUGGAAAAGAUACUCGGAUACAAACCGGAAGAACUGGUUGGAAAGAGCAUCAGUGAAUUCUGCCAUCCUUCCGAUGUGGUGCCUGUCUUCCGUGAAUUGAAGGAUUCCACAAGCAAUGCUAGCGCUGGUCAGACCGGUCCACAAGUCAAUUUGAUCAUGCGCAUGAAGCACAAGAAUCAUGGUCAUGAGUGGAUCGAGAAUGUCGGUAAACUUCAUUUGGAACAAGGAAAAGGCAGAAAGGUUGUCAUUUCUACCGGUAGAAUUCGUCCGAUCUACAACCUGCCAUGGGAACAAGCACGCAGAUCUCUUAACAGCCGUGCCCCGGGAUUCUGGUUCAAAGCUUCUGUCAAUGGUUUAAUCUUGAGCACAUCUGGUAAUGUGACAAGUGUCGUUGAAGGUGGAUCACCAACAAGUGAACACAACGUUGCUCUGACAGGAAAGCAUUUGAAGGAAAUCAUUGAUAAGAAUGCUUUGGAAUCUAUGACAAGCGCAUUGUCAUCCAUGCAAGUAUCUGCCAUUCCUCAUCUUAUGACCAAUGGUAUUGGAGGUCCACAGCAAAUGGUGAUUUCGACCGUGAUCCCUUCAACUGCAGGCGGUUCAAGUCUUCCUUCCGUUUUUGUCUACACGCAAAAAGCCAAUCCAGCAGAUUUUGCCAACCUACAAAAAGAUGCUGUAUAUUGUCAAGAGGCAUCUUUGGCAGCAGCACAAGCCAAUCAAGCUGCAGGAUUGAAACCAGGAGAGCCCGCUGCUGGAUCGGUAUUUGGAGAAUUGUCAACGUUCCGAUCUAGUAGUUGGGUAUUUGAAUUGCAUCAAUUGAAGAAUGCGAAUAAACGUUUACGUGAAGAAGUU